GUUAAUUUAAAACAUGCUUCCUCCACCAGAUCGUAUUAAUUAUGCAGAAAUGAGAAUCCAAAAAGUUCAAAUUCCUGUAUAGGUACCCAUAUUCAAACCAAUCUAUGUGGAUUACCCUUAUCCGGAUUACAUUUGGACUUAAGAUGCUCAAUAAGCCACAAUGUUAAGGGCUAAAUAAGGAAUGUAAACCAUAUUGGCAAACCCAUAAAUAAAAAACUAUUUGAUUAAUGAUGAUUCAAGCGAAGAAUCUUCCAACUCAGACUCUGAGGAGGAGUAAUAAGUAUAAACCUAAGAAAAUAAAGCAACACUUUAAAAUCAAUAAUAAGUGGCUAAUAAAAAUAUAAAUGCAUAAAAUUAUGUGAAUGGUGCCCAAUAAUUCGUUAAUGCUAACUAAUAAAUAGAAGUCGGUUAGAAUUAAUAAAUAAGACCUCCUAUUUAAUUAGAUUUUCAUGAUUCUGGCUAUCAAAAGAGUUAACUUCAGAUCAAUAAUUCAUACACAACUAAUAAAUACCCUACAUCAAACAUAGUUUAGGGCAGAAAUGAUACUACAGUGAGCAAAAAUAUAUCAAUGGGUAGAUAACAUCUUGAAAAGUUUAAAAGUUAAUUGAAUUAAAGCAAUCUCUUAAAUUAGAGACAGUAAUAAAACCCAUAACUCAAUACUUUCCUUUAAUGAUAUUUAAAAUAAAUAACUAAUUAUUAUUAGUAUAAAUUACUUAAA